GAUUGUCGUAGCCGCGACGGUUCGGAAAACAUGUGAGAAGUUCAGGUUGGACUUUCAAAGACUUUUUAUCCGUUCGGAACCCAGCUGGAAGCCCGCCGCAGGCGCCAUGCACGAGCGGCUGCUUCCCGCCUCCCCGAACUGGUACUUCUCGCGCUGCAGCGACGUGAGCAGCGGAGGGUUGCUGGGGGUCGGAGCCAAAAACCUCAUCUAUUUGAUUGACGUGUCUGCAUCCGCGUGCAGGGUCUCAGGGAAGCUGGUGGGCCAUAAGGACCUGGUGUCGGGCUUCUCCUUCUGCCAGCAGCCGGGACAGAGUCACCUCUGCGUCAGCACCGCCGUCGACGGCGCCCUCCGAUUCUGGGACUCCAGCUCGGCGGAGCUGAUCAGAGAGCAUGCCGCUCAUCAGAACCCGAUCUCCGCGGUGCACUGGUCGCCCGCGGACAAGAACCUGGUGGUGUCGGGAGACGAGAAGGGCGUGGUGGCGUGCCACUGGUACCACACCGGAGACGCCGCCAGCUUCUUCCCCGAGCCGCGGCCCGUCUUCUGCCUCAGCUGCUCCCCCCACAGCUGGAGCCUGGUGGCGGUCGGGUACAAGGACGGCAUGAUCGUGCUGAUUGACGUGAGUAAGAAGGGCGAGGUGAUCCACCGCCUGCGUGGACACGACGACGAGAUCCACUCGCUGGCCUGGGCGCCGCGGGCUCACGAGGACGCGCUCUGCCACCGGCCCGAGGACGGCGAGGCCGCCAACGGAGUGAGCGCCGCGGAGGAGAAGGGCUGCUUCCUGGCGUCCGGGAGCCGAGAUCAGACCGUGAGGAUCUGGAGCAGCGCCCGGGGGAAAGGCGUGAUGACCCUGAAGCUGCCAUAUCUGAAGAGGAGAGGCUCGGCCGUCGACCCCGGGGUCAAGGAGAGGCUCUGGCUGCACGUGCACUGGCCGAAGGGACGAGCCACUCAGCUGGUGUCCAGCUGCUUCAGCGGGGAGCUGCUGCUGUGGGACCUGACCCGAGGCGGGAAGCAGCGCUGGACUCUGCUGGGCGCGUCGGCCGAGGGCCAGAACCACAGCCGGAUCGUCUUCAACAUGAGCUCCGUGCAGCUGCAGGACCGAGAGCUGCUGCUCAGCACCUCCAUGGACAGAGAGAUCAAGUGCUGGGACCUGGCCUCUCUGGACUGCUGCUGGACUCUGCCCACCAUGGGGGGCACGGUCUACGCCCUGACCUUCUCCCCGGUGGGCCUGGGCUGCCUGGCCGUGGGCGUCGGAGACAACAUGAUCCGGGUGUGGAACACGCUGUCCACGCAGAACCAGCACGACAUCCGGACCCUUUGGCAAGGCAUCCGUUGUAAAGUCUCCGCGCUGGCCUGGCACCCGACCAGAGAAGGCUCCCUGGCUUUUGGGACGGACGACGGUAAAGUGGGAAUCUACGACGUCUUCGCCAACAAGCCUCCUCAGAUCUCCAGCUCCUACCACCGCAAGACCGUCUACACCCUGGCCUGGGGGCCCCCGGUGCCCCCCCUGUCCUCCGGAAAGCCGGCCGCCCUCAGCCUGUACAGCUGCGCCGGAGAAGGCGUCAUCCUGCAGCACGACCCGUCCAACCUGAGCGGCGAGGCGUCGGACAUCGACAGGCUGAUCCGGGACACCAACGACAUCAAGCACAAGCUGUCUCCGCACACCGACCUCAGCUGGAAGCCGGACGGGAGCGUGGUCGCCGUGGGCAACGAGGACGGCUGCAUCGAGGUGUUCCAGGCCCCCGACCUCCGGCUGCUCUGCAGCAUCCAGCAGCACCACAAGACCAUCAACGCCCUGCGGUGGCACCCCGGCGCCGCUGCCGCCGCCGCCGGGCUGCACGGCCUGCUGGCCUCCGGGUCCAGCAACGCCGUCGUCUACGUGCACGACCUGCGCUCCGUGAUCGAGAACCCUCCGGAGAGCCCGGCCGUGCUGACCGAGCCGUACCGCCGCCUGGCGGGUCAGACGGCCAAGAUCACCGGCCUGGCCUGGAGCCCCCACCACAGCGCCCGGCUGGUCACCGCCUCGUACGACGGCACGGCUCAGGUGUGGGACGUCCUGGAGGAGGCGGCGGUCGCUAACUACCGCGGCCACGUGGGCUUCCUGCUGAGCGUGGACUGGUCCCCCGUGGACCCGGACGUGGUCUGGACCGGGGGGCGGGACUUCACCGUGCAGGAGUGGCGCGUGUCCAGACAGGAGUUCACCAAGCCUCCCAUGGGCAAGAAGAUGGCCGGGCUGAAGGAGAAGAUGAAGACCAACCCGCAGCUGAAGAAGAAGAAGACCAAGAAGAAGCAGGAGGAGUCCGGAGAGGGCGCCGCCGCCACGCCGGAGCCCGGCGGAGACGCCGGGUGGAGGAGGCGGGAGCCGUCCGAGGACGACGAGAAGGACGAAGCCAGCUCGUCCAGCAGCUCCGUCCCCGCAUCUUCUGAGACGCCGAAUCAUUCCUCCGCCAUGACGGCGAAGCCCAGAGACAAGCCAGACGCCGCGCUGCUGAAGAAGAAGAAGCCUCGCUCGCUGCUGCCGCUCAGCACCGCCAUGGACCACCUGCCCAAAGAGACGCAGCUGCAGGACUGCGUGGCGCUGGCGUCUCUGCACAGCCAGCAGGCGCCCCCUGCAGGCUGCGUGCCGGGACGAGGAGAGCAUGUUCACCUGGGGCUGUUCACUGACCGCCAGGCGCUGCACCGCCUGCUGGAGACAGAAGAGCAGGGCCACGUGGAGGCGGGGCACUACGACUCGGUGGUGUACCUGCGGCUGUGGAGCGGAGACCUGCAGGGGGCGCUGCAGCUCGCCACGGAGAGGGGAGAGCUGAACGAUCACCUGCUGUCCGUCGCUCCCAUGGCCGGGUUCGAGGCGUGGCGCCGGGCUGUGGAGGCCUUCGUCCAGCAGCUGUGUCUGCAGGAGCAGUACCUGAAGGCGGCGUCUCACCUGCUGUCCCUCAGCAGAGUGUACGAGGCGGUGGAGCUGCUGCGCUCGCACAAACUCUACAGGGAGGCCGUGGCUCUGGCGAAGGCCCGGCUGCCACCGGAGGAUCCCGUCCUGAAGGAGCUCUUCACGUCUUGGGCCGCCGCGCUGGAGAAGGACGGACACUUGUCUGCCGCCGCCAAGUGCCACCUGGCCGCCGGAGCCGGCUUCGACGCCGCCAAGGUCAUCUCCAGGAAGAGCGACGCAACCUCCAUGAGGGCGGCGGCCACCGUGGCCCGGCUCUCCGGCGAGGACGCUCUGGCUCGCUCCCUGUCGCUGCGAUGCGCCAAAACCCUGGCAGUGGGCCAGGACUGGACCGCCGCCCAGGAGGUGCUGAGCGCCCAGGAGGGGCUGCUGGUCCACCAGCUGCACCUGUCUGUGGCCGAGCUGCUGACCGCCUCACUGGAGGGGUCAGGGGUCAUCCCGGCGACGCCGUGUGCGUCCUGUCACACGUGGGCGUCGCCGAGUCGUGGCGGCGGCGGCUUCCUGGACCGAGUGCGGGAGGUGUGGGACGAGCAGUGGGGCGUCUCAGCCGGACAGGCCGGAGUCCUCCUGCAGGAGCUGAAGUCCUCCGACUGCCCCCCGCCCUCCUCCAGCGUGCCGCUCCCUCAGGUCCUGCUGUACUCGUCCCUCCAUGUGACCCUGGGCGUCCUGGGCUGGCUGCAGGGGGGCGGGGCCCGGCUGCUCCGGGAGCUGUGGGCGGCGCUGAGCUGGACCCGGGAGGCGGGGCUCUUCAGCGUGUCUGCAGAGCUCUGCAGGAUGCUCUUCCCUCACGGCGAUGUGAGAGUUUGUUCCACUCAGGAUCUGAGGCGGCUUCAGCUGGAGGAGGAGGAGGAGGAAGCUGAGGCGGCCGCCGGCAGCCUGCAGGCCUUCGUCCUUUACCACCGUCUGUAUGAGGACUGGUGGGCCGGCUCUGCGGGACCCGGCGGUCCCGGAGUGCCGAACGGAGAGUGGACAGGGUCCGACGGGGUCCCGGACGCCUCGCUGCUGCUGUCCGAGCCUCACGCUUCGCUCCAGUCCUCCCAGAGGGCCGUGCGGCAGAUCCAGGAGCGUCUGAGCAGCAUGGUGACGCAGCACAGCCGGGCGCGGGGCCGGGAGGACCCGGAACGCCGUCCUGGCGGAGAACCUGGCUCCGCCCCGGACUCCGCCGGCGCUGGGGAACGCCCUGCGGACCAGGACCAGGACCAGGACCAGGACCAGGACUCGCUGCUGUCGCUGUCCUCCAGCAUGGCCGAGCACCAGCAGCGGCUGGCCGACCUCCCGCACUCCGUCAAGAUGUUCGCUCGUCCAGACGUGGUGGAGUGCUGCCUGCUGCUUCUGCACCGCAGCAAGUCUUCGCCGCCUCUUUCCGACGACCUCCAGCGGCGGGCCAGAGACCUGCUGCGCCGAUACGGAAACACUCCGUCCGUCCAGAAAGCCUCCCGGAGAUUCCUCACCUGACGCCAAAACUCCACCUGUACAGAUUUUUGUUGAAUAAA